AUGCCAUUAAGCAUCUUCAUACUCAAGAACUCUAACGGUUUAAAGAGGAUGCUCGAUCAUACUCCUAAACAUGAAGCUCGUUUCAACAAAAUCCCCCAGAAUGAUGACUACUUUUCGACGCCGAUAGCUUCUGCGGAGGGCAUGUCUCUCAUUACUAAGGGAUCGGUCUUCACUACAACCCAACGCUUCAAUGGCUCCUUCAUGAAGCUCAAUGCCUUCCGCCAACCAGAUGGGCCAGAGGUAGAUGCAGCCUGGAACUCCCUAGGAACCGAUUACCGCGCCUUUGUCGUCUCCCCCUCUGACGGCCCCCGCUCCGGCCUCACCCCCAAAACCCACGUCCACAUCUCUCCCCGCUACGGCCAGCUCAUGUGUGCGGUUGAUGUGGGCGUGCUGGGGCAAGUAUGGACAUUCCGUGAGGAUCCGAGUGCUUCUGUUGAUUUCAAUACCGAGCAUAAGUGCCGGGAUUAUGAGGCUGUUAGGAAGUGGGCGGAGGAGAGGCAGUUACCCGAGGAAGUGCCCCCGCAUUUUUUGAUGCCGCCGGGGCGGAUGAUGUGGUUUAUGAGGAGAUUCCUUGAUUAG